AUGCCCAGCGCUCCAAAAGCAAUCACUAUGGGCCCCGAUCACUGGAACGAUGGGCGUUCCAAAUCCCGUGUAGCCAAUUAUACCGCAUUUUGGGACAAGGACGCAGCGCAUGACGGAGAGGAGCACAAAGCCAACCGUGUCGAGAACUACCAGGACGUGAUUAACGGAUACUACGACGGCGCGACCGAGUUGUAUGAAUAUGGGUGGGCUCAGAGCUUCCAUUUCUCUCGCUUCUAUCGAGGAGAGGCGUUUGCUCAAUCCCUGGCCAGACACGAGCAUUACUUGGCCUCCAUGAUGAAGCUAAGACCAGGGAUGCGUGUCUUGGAUGUUGGGUGCGGAGUUGGUGGUCCCGCUCGUGAGAUCGCCAUAUUCAGCGGUGCCCAUGUUGUCGGAGUCAAUAACAACGAUUUCCAGCUCGGUAGAGCCCAAAGAUAUACUCACAAGGCUGGGCUUAGCUCCCAGGUCGAAUUUGUCAAGGGCGAUUUUAUGUCGCUCUCUGAACAAUUUGGAGAAGAUACAUUCGACGCAGGUGAGGAACAAAGCUGGCUUGCUCAUUACUACCAUACUCUUCCUAACUUCUACUCCCGCCCAGUUUAUGCGAUAGAAGCGACUGUACACGCGCCAUCUUGGGAGGGAGUCUACGGAGAAAUUCUGAAAGUGUUAAAACCUGGAGGAAUCUUCGGCGUCUACGAAUGGUGUAUGACCGACGCAUGGGAUCCUUCUAACCCAGCUCACAAGGAGAUCGUUCACGGAAUUGAAGUUGGAAACGGCAUCCCUGAAAUGCGCACCAUAAAACAAGCACUUCAAGCUCUCAAAACCUCAGGGUUUGAGAUUUUGCAUGAAGAGGACCUUGCAGCCCGACCAGACGAGAUCCCCUGUCUGGAGAAUGUCCUGGAGCGGAAAGCUAAUUACUCAGACAGCCGUGAAGUGUUUGGAGGCCGCCGGGCUGGUACCUAA